AAAAAUGUGAUAUUUUAUUUAAACACCCCUCCAUUUUCCUUGAAUAAAAUGGUUGGAGUAGCACAAAAAAUAAUUAUCAAUUGGAUAUAUUCCCCUUACCACCCACUGAGAAAGACAUAUUCUUACCCAGUUACAGAAAGAUACAUCAUUUGAUACACCAUCAAACGACCCAAGGCUCCAACAAACAACACACACUAGGAAGCACUCAACAGAAAGGGACAAAUACACAGACCUUCAGUGAGACACUAGGAAAGGAGGCUAAAGGAACAAGAGGGACAGUGAAAUGUGUGUUCCUUGAAAAGGAUGGGCAGAUACUCAGGCAAGAACAGGGGAACCCUGCUGGAAAGUGUAACUGGGUGCAUGUGUGUGUUUCUCACAUACAAACCCACACACACUCAUCUCAUACAAAUGUGCUCUCUCUUAAAUAUAUCCACUGGCUCUCUCACACAAGUAGUUUCUCUUUCACACUUGAUCUCUCUCAGUUUCUGCUGUUCCCUCAUACAAUCUCUCUCACACAGUCUCUUGCAUACGCAUACAAUCUCUCUCUCUCUCUCUCUCUCUGAAACGGGGUCUGGUUCUGUCGCCCAGGCUGGAGUGCAGUGGUGUGAUCUCUGCUCACUGCAGCCUCAACUUCCCGGGCUGAAGUGAUCCUCCCACCUCAGCCUCCUGAGUAGCUGGGACCACACUGCCGCCACCACACCCGGCUAAUUGUAUUUUUAGUAGAGAUGGGGUUGCCCAGGCUGGUCUCCAACUCCUGGGCUCAAGCAAUCUGCCCGCCUCGGUCUCCCAAAGUGCAUACAAUAUCUUAUACGCCGUUUCUUUUAUAUAGAAUCUCUCUCACACACACACACAAAUCACACUCAGCGUCUCUCUCACACUCUCUAACAGUCUCCUACACACACACAGUGUCCCUCAUACAUACACAGCCUCUCUCAUCAUGUACAAUCUCCCUCAUGCAGUCUAUGUCCAUAGUUUUUCACACAACACCCUUCUCUCAGUUUGUCGGCCUCUCUCUCUCUCAAUCACUCACACACACACACACACACACACACACACACACACACACACACACACACACACACACACACACCAUUGACCCCGCCCCCUGUCUUGGCCCCUCCCCUGUAUGGCUCCGCCCCGACGGCCGGGGGUUGGGCGAGCCAGUGACAGGAGGGGCCGGGCUGGUACUUCAGGCGCCCAGGCCGGCGGGGCGCGCUCCGGCGGCUCCUGUCAGCGGCGGGUGCGGCGGAUCCCAGGGCAGCCUUCGGGCGGCGGCGCUGCCUGGUGCGUCGCGGCGUGGUCCUCCGGCGGCUGUCCGGGGCGGCAGGAGUUGGCUGCGGGAUGUGCUCAGCCGGGGAGCUGCUGCGGGGCGGCGACGGCGGGGAAAGCGACGAGGACGGGGACGCGCUGGCGGAGCGGGCGGCGGCAGGGACUGAGCGGGAUCCCGGGGCGAGCCCGCGGCGGCGCGGACAGCGGCCGAAGGAGAGCGAGCAGGAUGUUGAAGACUCACAGAACCACACUCGUGAACCUGUUGGAGAUGACUACAAGAAAAUGGGAACACUUUUUGGUGAACUGAACAAAAACCUUAUCAACAUGGGCUUCACAAGGAUGUAUUUUGGAGAACGAAUUGUGGAACCAGUAAUAGUCAUUUUCUUUUGGGUUAUGCUGUGGUUCCUUGGCCUGCAAGCCCUUGGACUAGUUGCUGUUCUUUGCCUUGUUAUUAUUUAUGUGCAACAGUAAAACAUGGCCGAAUUGAAUUGUUUGACAUUUGGUAGCCAUAUAUGUAAUUGAAGAAGUUAUAUAUUUCACUUUUUGACAACCGAAAAAGUUUGCCUUGUUUCAAAUUGUGUGCUGGCUGUUUUGUAAGUAAAUUUAUACAUGGAUGUCACUUAAAACUAAACUCUUGAUCAUAACAGGGUUGAAUAUAUAUUUUGAAUAUACAUUAGCUUAUUCAAAACUCUUGUUUCACUACUAUGAGCUCUGUCUCCUUUAUACACCUCUAUCCCCAAGCCAAAUCUUAAGUAACACCACCAGAAAGUGAACAGGGAAAAUAACAGGACGUGGAAUUCAAAUCAAGCAAUAUAGUUCUUAUAAAGAGUUCCAAUAAAACAUUUUAGAAGAAAAAGUAUGAAACAAGCUAAAAGUAAGUUUCACUUAGAAAACUGCUCCCCACUCACCCUCCCCACCAAAUAAUCUCAUAUUAUUUGGGAAAUAUUUGGAUUUCAAUUGUCCCUACCCAGCCUAAACUAAGGUAAAUGAUAAUUAGCAUACACUACCUUAAUAUUGUGAUGAAAAUCAGUAAAGAUAGAACGUUUUCUAAAGGUUGAAAAUAAUAUAUUUAUUAUUGCUGGGGAAAGCUCCCAGGUUAAAUAUAACUUUUCUAAAAUGUAACAUUUGGACCUAGACCUACUUUAGUAUAUCAUUUGAAGUUUCAGACAAUUUUGGUGCUAAUUACUUUUUGUGAGUUUUUAAAGUCUCAUAGCCUAGUUGACUGCACCCUAUGGUAAUGCCAUAUUUUCUUGUGUCUAACAAGUUGCAUAUUUUUUCCUAGAGAGACAUUUUCAGUGUUUUUUUAUAGAAAUUUAUAAUUUUAUAGUUCUUUCAUAACAAUUAUUCUGAGUUUUGAAACAAUGUAUUUCCUAUCUUGACAUGGAUUUUUUCACAAAAAAUUUAUAUUUUACUGUUGUUUUCAGGAAAAAAAUCAGAUCAUUUUUCUUUGAUAUCUAUAUCAGAAAGGUACAAUAUUAACAGUAUAAAACCAAAUGCUUAAAUUUGGAACUUAGCCAAUUUUGAUAAUCUUUUUCUAAGGCGAAAGUCACGUCAGUAAUUGGCUAGCCAUGUUAUUAAGGUGUCUUAAUUCAGCAUUUUCAGGUUUUAUAUUGAAAUACUCAUUUCUUUAAAUAUUCUUUGAAAAUGGAGAAUGGCUUUAGUGAUACUUUGGGUUUUGUUAGAGAACCUAAAAUCUUUACACUUUUAUCUCAAAGAUUAUAAAGGAAAGGGGUAGUUAAGAUUUAGAAUUCAAGUUAAAUUUCAGAAAAUUGGGGCAGUCAGGCAUUUGUAUCUUUGGUAGGGCAACAUGUAGAGUGCUUGCUAUCCCACUUUAUAAAGCUUUUACCCAAUCUUAUUUCUAAACCUCUGUGCAUUCUCAGUGUCUUCUCAUUCUGAAACAGAAAAUAAGGAAAAACAUUUAACUUAGUUUUCUAAAAUCAGAUAAUCCUAAACAAAAAUGUUAGUCAGGUUCACUAAAAAGUAUUGCGCAUUUAUAUAAAUACAGGCCUUUUAAAAUUUGACUUUUAAAAAACAAAAGACUUUGUACGGUAUCAUUGUGUUUUUAUUGCGUUUGCAAUAUUUUUAUAGUAACCUUUAUGAACUCAGUAUAAGUGCAAGUUGUUUGAAAAGGUGUUUUUAUUAGUGCACAGUAGAAUUGUGAGGUUUUCAGUAGAUGUCAUGAGAUUUUGUAUAGCUACAUAAAAGAUAAGUACAUUUUUUUCUAAUGCUACUGGAAAUUUUACUUUUCCUUUGCAACAGAUAAACGAUAUGAUGUACAAAAUAACAGCUCUGGUUCCACCAGUACCUAAUGUUGAAAACAUUUUUAAAGUAAUUUUUAAUAAUAACUAUUUAGUAUACUGUCAAUACUGUACAUCUGCACACUGGUGUUAAUAGGGUAUAUAUUAAAUUAUAUAAAGAAAUAA